AUGCAAACCUCGCCCAGUCAUGGACGAUCCAUCACCGGCGGUGGACCACGCUCCGACAGAGCAAAAGAAGCAAAGGAAUUCGACGAGACCAAAGCGGGAGUCAAAGGCCUCGUGGACUCGGGCAUGGCCAAGGUCCCCAGGCUCUUCAUCCACCCGCCCCAGAACCUGCGUGAGUUGUCCCCCGACACGGAUGGGCCCGCCACCGGCCUUGAGGUCCCAAUCAUCGACAUGAUGGGCUAUGGGGAUUGCCGGCGGAGGGACGUGGUCAACGACCUCCGUAGAGCGUCGGAGACUUGGGGUUGCUUCUGGAUAAUCAACCACGGAAUCCCGGUCGACGCUAUGGAACGCAUGCUGGAAGCUGUCAAGCAGCUCCACGAGCAGCCUGAGGGAGUGAAGAGAGAGUGGUACUCAAGAGACGACGCAAAGAAAUUUGGGUACUACUGCAAUAAAGACUUAUUUACGUCCAAAGCAGCAUCAUGGAGGGACACCAUCUGGUUUGAUUUCUCGCGUGGAGUGCUGGACCCAGAGGCGGUCCCUCUUCUAUGCAGAGAGCCGGUUUUUGAGUACGAAAGACACUUCGAAAAAUUGAAGACAUCUAUGUCUGAACUACUAUCAGAGGCACUAGGGCUUGAUUCAGAUUAUCUCGGUGGCAUUGGGUGCAUGAAAUCCAAGAGAAUGUCAUGCCAUUACUACCCAAUCUGCCCACAACCAGAGCUGACUGUGGGCACUAUCAAUCACUCGGAUGCCUCCUUUCUCACUCUUCUCCUCCAAAACCACCAUGGAGGCCUCCAAGUCCGCCACAAAAACCAGUGGGUUGAUGUGUCCCCAGUGCCUGGAGCAAUCCUAGCCAACAUUGGAGACUUCUUGCAGCUUGUUAGCAACGACAAGUUCAAGAGCGUGGAGCACCGGGUACUCGCCAGGCAGGCAGGACCCCGGGUCUCGGUCGCAUGCUUCCUCUUUCCAGGAGAGAUGCAGAAGUCAAAGCCAUAUGGGCCAAUAAAGGAGCUUCUCGAUGAGAACAACCCACCCAUGUACAGAGAGAUCUCUUUCACAGAUUAUUUUGGGUAUUACCUCUCUAGUGGCAAUGGCAUGAACGGUGAAGCUGUACUUCCUCAUUUCAGAGCAUUCGACAAGACCAAGGCCGGAGUCAAAGGCCUCGUGGACUCUGGCGCGACCAAGAUCCCCAGGAUCUUCAUCCACCCUCCAGAGAACUUGCCCGAUUUGUCAAACGACACCGAAGGGACCGGCCUCCAGUUACCAAUCAUCGAUCUAAGAGGCUAUCGGGACUCUCGGCAGGGGGACAUCAUCGAUGGAGUGCGCGAAGCAUCGAGGGAAUGGGGAAUCUUUCAUAUAAUCAACCACGGGAUUCCGCUCGACGUGAUGGACAACAUGUUGGAGGGUGUGAAGAAGUUCCAUGAGCAACAAGUGGAAGUGAAGGACACAGCGUUCAGCGAAUAA